AUCGAUAACAACAAAUCCGGCAACCAUCUGAAAGAGCCGCGCUUGCAAUUGUUUGUUUUUACCCAAUAACUUUAAAUAAACACAUAUUAAAGAUGAACAAGGACAACUCCAGCAUGCAGAUGGAUCCCCAGUUGGCCCUUCGCCUGCUAGCCGACGGCGGAGUCCUGGUCAUCGCCGGUGUCCCCGAGGGCACGGAGUUCGGCAUAGAUCUAUGUGCAUACACCAUUGGACCUGAUUUCCGUGGCGUCAAGAUGAUUCCACCUGGUGUCCACUACGUGUGGUGCUCAUCUCGUGGUCCCUACGGUGAUGCAGCUCCACGCGUUGGCUUCGUGCACUUCUUCCAUCCCAACGAGAUUGUGGUGCGCGAAUGGGAUCACGAGCUGGAGGAACUGCGUCCACGACGGAUUGCCGAACCGGAGGUGGAGCGCGACCGAAUCCGCAAGAACCUGGCACAACUGGAGCGGAUGCUGGCGCCCUACGACUACCGCUACGUUGUCCAGUGGAAGGAGCUCACCGGCAGCGUGACGGAGCAAUGUGUGGAUCGCUGUCGGCCGACCGAGGGAACCAUACGAACGAACAUCGAACUGCAGUCCUGCCCGGAUGCGGAGCGUCCCAGGGGAUCGGCGGGAACGAGCAGCAUCAGCCGCCGGAAUGCCGCCGCCCGGCUCCUGUUGGAUGAGAGCGAACUCCUGCCUGACUUAAAACCCGUGGAGGGAACUGCACCACGCUUUAGUAACGUACCCCAGCGUGUUCCUCAGGAUGCCCCGCCCGCAGAUGUCUCCGACAUGCCAUGGACUGCAUAGAAGUGUGGACAAGUUGUUCGAAACUUCGACACCGCCGACGGACUCAUUGAGGAACUGCAGCUGGCCUACGUUUUCUUCCUAGUGGGCUACUCCGUAGAGUCUGCCCACUGGCGUAAGCUUCUGGGCUUGCUGGCUCACUCGGAAACGGCGGUGACUAAACACAAACUGGCGUUCAUGAAGUAUAGCGAGGUACUGGCCCAUCAGCUGCCCCAUUUGCCCGAAGAGCUGAUGGUGCCCAGUCCGCACAAUACGGUGUACAAAGAUGUACGCGAACUGUUGGUCAAUCUGCAUGCAGGCGGCUUAAGUGUAAGUGCCGAGCGGCUGAGCAAGGACUGGAGAAAAAGCUGGGAUGGGUUUUGAAGGCUGCUGGACGAAGACCCCGAGGAUCAGCCCGUGGUUAUUGAACUUCCGGAGCCCUAGGGGAACAGCACUACGCAUGAA